AAUGGCUUACGGGCUACUAUUGGACCCGACUUACAUAGGGCCGUCUUCGGUUGAUUUACCAGCUUCGGCCCAAUUGUGUAUAUAGAAUACCUGAGGCCCAAAUAUAAGCCCAAACUCUAAUAAGUCCAAAGGCAAAAGACAUCUUGAGAUUCUCUCCAUUUUUCACUUCACAACGCAACACAGCUACCAAAAACAGUAGUGAAGUACGAUAGUGAAAGACAACUCCCAGAUACUCUCCGUUUCCCUGUCUCCGACCUUGCGAGAGCCGAGCGACCACCCUCAAAGCCCUCCGAGAAUGCUGCGGCGAGCAUCGGGGCUAUUGGCCUGGCCCAUUUUAGCAGCAAUGGCGCGACCCUUCUCCACUGAUCUGCCAGCGACUCAGACUGCGUAUGCCACGUUCCUGGAGGCAUGGAAGAAAGUGAUCCCCAACAUGGACCCUCCUAAGACUCCUCUGUCUUUCAUGAUGCCUUGUCCCCCUACUGCCUCCUCCAUUCCUUCCAAACUCACUGUCAAUUUUGUUCUUCCUUAUAAUUCUGAGUUGGCCACCUACGAGGUUGACAUGGUUAUGGUACCAGCCACAACAAGACACAUGGGUGUUCUUCCAGGACAUGUAGCAACAAUUGCAGGAUUGAAACCUGGAGUCUUAUCAGUGCAUGAAGGAAGUGAAGUUACGAAGAAUUUCAUCAGCAGUGGAUUUGUUUUUAUCCGUGCCAACUCUUUUGCGGAUAUAGUUGCUGUUGAGGCCGUGCCACUUGAUCGAAUUGAUGCAAUUCUUGUUCAGAAAGGGCUUGCAGAGUUCACCCAGAAACUGAGCUCAGCUGCAACUGACUUGGAGAAAGCUGAAGCCCAAAUUGGAAUUGAUGUGCAUAGUGCACUCAACUCGGCUCUCACAGGCUAGUGUUGUUUGUCACAAUGUUCCUUGAUUAGUCAUUUAAACUUUUCUCUUCCUUGAACCUGCCUCAUUGACGCGUAGAUUUAUCUCAUGAAUCCAGAUAUUGUUCUGAACUUCUUCUUUUCUUCUAUUUCCACGUUGAACGGGGAACCAAUAUAAAGAAUCUUCAAUGGAAUUGGCCUGGUUUGCAAAAGGGGGAAACUUUUAAGAAAUAAAAAUUAGUUAAAUCACCUUAUUUUACAAUUCUCCCCUUAAUUUUGGGUUGACCACUCCCUCCCAUUUUUGCUAAUACAAGGCUGCAAAGUGUGGCUUUAAAAUCACAUUAUUGAAAAGGCAGUUUUGCUCUGGG